CAAAAAAAAAAAAAAAGACACUAUUAAGUCUGGAGAAUGGCAUCCACAUUUAUGGAACACUUGCUGUAUAUCUGGUGAUUUACAUGUGUUUACACAGUAAUCUUCAUAGAGGUGGACGUAAUCCCGUUAUAUAGAGCAUGAAACUGAGGCCCUUGGGAGGUGACUUGCAAAGAUUCUGUUGAAGUAGUUCAUCAAGUUGCUACCAGAAUAGACUGUCUCCAUUGUGUGGAUGCUGAAACUGAACCCAGAAAGCUGACAUCGGCCUGGCUGCCUGGGGACGCAAGGCCCUGGACAUUGCCGAGAAUGAGAUGCCGGGCCUGAUGCGUAUGCGGGAGCGGUACUCGGCCUCCAAGCCACUGAAGGGCGCCCGCAUCGCUGGCUGCCUGCACAUGACCGUGGAGACGGCCGUCCUCAUUGAGACUCUCGUCACCCUGGGUGCUGAGGUGCAGUGGUCCAGCUGCAACAUCUUCUCCACCCAGGACCAUGCGGCGGCUGCCAUUGCCAAGGCUGGCAUUCCGGUGUAUGCCUGGAAGGGCGAAACGGAUGAGGAGUACCUGUGGUGCAUUGAACAGACCCUGUACUUCAAGGACGGACCCCUCAACAUGAUUCUGGACGAUGGGGGUGACCUCACCAACCUCAUCCACACCAAGUACCCACAGCUCCUGCCAGGCAUCCGAGGCAUCUCUGAGGAGACCACGACUGGGGUCCACAACCUCUACAAGAUGAUGGCCAAUGGGAUCCUCAAGGUGCCUGCCAUCAAUGUCAACGACUCCGUCACCAAGAGCAAGUUUGACAACCUCUAUGGCUGCCGGGAGUCCCUCAUAGAUGGCAUCAAGCGGGCCACAGAUGUGAUGAUUGCCGGCAAGGUAGCGGUGGUAGCAGGCUAUGGCGAUGUGGGCAAGGGCUGUGCCCAGGCCCUGCGGGGUUUCGGAGCCCGUGUCAUCAUCACCGAGAUUGACCCCAUCAACGCACUGCAGGCUGCCAUGGAGGGCUAUGAGGUGACCACCAUGGAUGAGGCCUGUCAGGAGGGCAACAUCUUUGUCACCACCACAGGCUGUGUUGACAUCAUCCUUGGCCGGCACUUUGAGCAGAUGAAGGAUGAUGCCAUUGUGUGUAACAUUGGACACUUUGACGUGGAGAUCGAUGUCAAGUGGCUCAACGAGAACGCUGUGGAGAAGGUGAACAUCAAGCCACAGGUGGACCGGUAUCGGUUGAAGAAUGGGCGCCGCAUCAUCCUGCUGGCUGAGGGUCGGCUGGUCAACCUGGGUUGUGCCAUGGGCCACCCCAGCUUCGUGAUGAGUAACUCCUUCACUAACCAGGUGAUGGCGCAGAUCGAGCUGUGGACCCAUCCAGACAAGUACCCCGUUGGGGUUCACUUCCUGCCCAAGAAGCUGGAUGAGGCAGUGGCUGAAGCCCACCUGGGCAAGCUGAAUGUGAAGUUGACCAAGCUAACUGAGAAGCAAGCCCAGUACCUGGGCAUGUCCCGUGAUGGCCCCUUCAAGCCGGAUCACUACCGCUACUGAGAGCCAGGUCUGCGCUUCACCCUCCAGCUCCUGUCCUUGCCCAGGCCCCGCCUCUCCUCCCUAAGAGCUAACGGCACCAACUUUGUGAUUGGUUUGUCAGUGUCCCCCAUUGACUCUCUGGGGCCGAUCACUCAGUUUUUGGCCUCUGCUGCAGCCGUCAUACUGUUCCAAAUGUGGCAGCAGGAACAGAGGCCCCUCCUCAAGUCCCGGUCAUGAUGGAGGUCCCAGCCACAGGGAACCAUGAGCUCAGUGGUCUUGGAACAGCUCACUAAGUCAGUCCUUCCUUAGCUUCGAAGUCAGUAGUGGAGUCACAAAGCCCAUGUGUUUUGCCAUCUAGACCUUCACCUGGUCUGUGGAUUUAUACCUGUGUGCUUGGUUUACAGGUCCAGUGGUUCUUCAGCCCACGACAGAUGAGAAGGGGCUAUAUUGAAGGGCAAAGAGGAACUGUUGUUUGAAUUUUCCUGAGAGCCUGGCUUAGUGCUGGGCCUUCUCUUAAACCUCAUUACAAUGAGGUUGGUACUUUUAGUCCCUGUUUUACAGGGGUUAGAAUAGACUGUUAAGGGGCAACUGAGAAAGAACAGAGAAGCGACAGCUAGGGGUUGAGAGGGGCCAGAAAAACAUGAAUGCAGGCAGAUUUCGUGAAAUCUGCCACCACUGUAUAACCAGAUGGUUCCUUUCACAACCCUGGGUCAAAAAGAGAAUAAUUUGGCCUAUAAUGUUAAAAGAAAGCAGGAAGGUGGGUAAAUAAAAAUCUUGGUGCCUGAAA